AUGUCUACAAAGAGUAACAACACUAAGAAGAGGAAGACACCAUCGACAAACUCGUCCAGGCCGAACAAGCGAGCGGCAGCCAUGCCACGAACGACAAGCUCAUCAUCCCCAGACGGCGGGCCGAUAUACUUCUGGAGGGAGACCGAGGAGCCCUACGGAUGGAUGUCACAAUGGUAUGCAUAUGAGAUGCGAGACGGAUCAGACGGCGCCAUCGUCUACCCGACAGCGGAACACUACAUGAUGUACCAAAAGGCGAGGCUCUUCGGCGACGACAAGGUCGCAGGCGAGGUCCUCGCCGGCUCGGAGCUGCACCCGCGUAAGAUCAAGACUCUGGGGCGCAAGGUGGUCGGAUUUGAUGAGACAACUUGGGUGGCCGAGAGGGAGAGGAUCGUGCAAGAGGGGACCUGGUUGAAGAUGACGAAGCCUGCUCAUGACGGGCAGGUAAAUCUUGGGGAGUUGCUCCUAGCGACAGGAGACAGGGAGUUGGUUGAGGCAAGCCCGUACGAUCAGGUGUGGGGCGUGGGGUUCCGAGCCCAAGAUGCUGAGAGGAAUAGGGAGCGCUGGGGAUUGAAUCUAUUGGGCAAGGCGUUGAUGGCCGUCCGCGAGAGGCUCAGGGAGGACAGCGGGGAGCGUAAGGGAGUUAUAGAGGCGAAGGGAGAGGCUGCAGGAAAGGAGGCAGGUGAGGAAGAUUGA